ACAGGCCUGGUUGCCGUGCUCGGCCAUGGAGCCGCGGGGCUUCCCGCCGCUUCUGUUGGUGCUCCUGAGCUGCUGCGCUUCAGCGAGCACCCAGGCCGUGGCCACUCCGGCUGUGGCCACCCCAGCCAUGACGCAGGAGGACCUCAACUCCACCGAGGCUACCCCAGACAUGACGCAGGAGGAUCUCAACUCCACCGAGGCCACCACCCCAGACGUGACGAAGGAGGACCUCAACUCCACCGAGGCCACCACCCCAGACGUGACGAAGGAGGACCUCAACUCCACCGAGGCCACCACCCCAGACGUGACGAAGGAGGACCUCAACUCCACCGAGGCCACCACCCCAGACGUGACGAAGGAGGACCUCAACUCCACCACUCCAGCCACUCUCAGAACCUCCGGGUCGCCUAGGACCCCGAGUACUCCCGGGGCCCCGGAGCUUUCUGGCCCCAGGCCCACCCCGGUCACGGACGUUGCUGCUCUGUGUGUCUGUGACCUGCUUCCAGCACAGUGUGAUGUCAACUGCUGUUGUGACCCUGACUGCAGCCCCACAGAUUUCAGCGUCUUCUCUGCCUGCUCAGUCCCAGUUGUCACGGGUGAUAGACAGUUUUGUAGUCGGAAGGCAGCUGUCUACUCAAUGAAUUUGACAGCAGACCCUCCUCACCGGGUCUUUAAACUCAUUGACCAGAUCAACCCUUCCAUCUUCUGCAUCCACAUUUCAAACUACAAGCCUGCUCUGUCCUUUGCUAAUCCGGAAGUGCCUAAUGAAGACAAUUUCGACAGACUGACACAAGCAUCGGGUGGCUUUACGCUGAGUGCCACAUCCGACGGUCCUUCUACAGCCACCUCAGAUGCCCCACAGCCCACUAAAUACGAGUACGGAGUUCCUCUGCAGACUGCAGGCACAUCUUCAGGUUCAUUUCUUAGACUGCCUUCGCCUCUCACGUCAUCUCUGUGCACAGAUGAGAACCCUGCAGCAUUCCUGGUGAGCCAGGCCUUCGAAUGCAGCAGAAGGGUGGACAUAGAAGAGUGUGAACGAAUGGAAGCCCUCAGCAUGGCUCAUUACAGCAGCCCUGCCAUCCUGAGGGUGCCUAAUUCAACGACACAGGUCUCCAUCAAGAUCCAGUCUCUCCUGUAUCGGUCUCUCAAUCACACGCUGACCCGGUUAGAAGGCCAUGGCGUCCUGCGGCCAUCUUUGGUCAGCACUGGGCAAGACAGACUCUGCAGCAAUGUUGUUCUCGAGGUGAAGUACAGCCUGCUGUACACAGCCACAGGCCAGAUACAGGAAGCAGGCCUCUCCCUUGUAUUGGGGGCACUCAGCAACACAGUGGCUCUCCUGCAGCAGAAGUUUGAGAUUCACUUUAUUCAGCACGGCACCAAGCCUGUUCCUCGCAGCGGCAACCCUGGUUACAGGGUGGGACUCCCGCUGGCCGCUGGCUUUCAGCCUCAGAAGGGGUCUGGGAUUAUUCAGACAACAAACAGACAAGAACAGUUUACCAUUCUUCAUAGCACAGGCAAGCAGGACUGCCUUGCCAGUGAGGGGCUCCGGGACCCCGUGUUGUUUGGCUACAAUGUACAAUCUGGCUGUCAACUCAGAUUGACAGGCACCAUCCCCUGUGAGCUGCUGGCACAGAAGAUUCAGGGCCUACUGAGAGGCCAGGCCUUCCCUGACUAUGUGGCUGCAUUUGGGAAUUCCCGGGCCCAGGAUGUGCAGGACUGGGUGCCUGUGCAUUAUGUCACCCACUCCUCCAACAUGAAGGGCCCUUGCCAGCUCCCUGUGGCUUUGGGUAUAGAAGUGAAAUGGACUAAGUAUGGGUCUCUGCUGAACCCCCAAGCCAGGAUAGUAAACGUCACUGCCAAGCUCAUCUCCAUUCCAGAGCCCCUCCCAGGGCCUGAGAGGACGAUUGUCAUUUCCACUGCAGUGACAUUUGUGGACGUGUCAGCCCCUGCAGAGGCAGGCUUCCGAGCCCCGCCCACCAUCAAUGCCAGGCUGCCCUUCAGCUUCUUCUUCCCCUUUGUGUGAUACAAGUGGACCUGAAGGAAUGCCAAAGGGCAGCAGCCAUGAUACAAACCAGGUAUGAGAUCGCGGGCAUCUGGUGACUAUUGCCACCUUGGUAGCGACCACAGAGCCCAGACCCCCACCCCCAUGCAGUCUAGGAACACAGGAGACACACCAUUGAUGAUCCGGGCCACCCGCCAGAGCCGCAGCAGGAUCAGCAGGCCAAGAGCUUCAAACUGGUGCUUCUUAAACAGGAGGACGAGGUCGAGGACGAACGACACCACCACCACAAUGGCAUCCAGGAUCUCAAACUUAUGGUGGAAGAACUCCAAGCGGAAGACAAAGAUUUUAAAGAAAAUCUCCAGCAUGAAGAAGGCCAGGAUGGCAAAGCUCAUGUAGUGGAACGCCUGAGGGGACAGAAUGACAAGGAACACUGACUGUGGCAUGGUCGUCUCUGGCCACACCGUCUACCCCAAGCACGCCUGCCUGGUCACCAGGGACGACUCAGUGCUGGAGACAAGGUUUCCACCCUUGGAAGAUGAUUAGGUAUCCCUGGCCAGGCCUGACUGUCAGCCCAGGACUUGGGAAGGUGAGGCAGGAAGAUCAAGAGUCCAAGGCCUGCAUGGAAACUGUCUUAACUAAAAAGUAAAGAUGGGCUGCGGCCACAACUCUGUCAUGAGUGCUUUCCCGGGUUGAAGAAAACCACCUCAGCUCUCCAGUGUCCUCUGGCCCAGCCACCCAACUGAGAGGGACAUGUUCUAUGACAAAACCCAAGUCUGUGUGGAGGGGACAAUGUCAGUGUCCAAUAAAAGGCACACACCUUUAA